UCUCACCGCCCCACCCAGCGAGAGCCAGUCCAGUCCCAUCUCGCCUUCCGCUUAAACCCCACCCCCACCCAUCGCACCCAGACCCAGGCGAGAAGAAGCCCUCGCCAAUUCGUCCCCCAUGGCCGCCACCGCCGCCAUCCACCUGCGCCCGCUCCGCUCCGUCGCCGUCUCCUCCGCGAGGUCCCGCUCGCUCCUCCACCUCCUCGCCCGCCCCCUCUCUUCUUCCCAAUCGGGAUCGUCCUACGCCUACCGCCCUUUCCCUUCCCAGGCCGCCGCCCCCGCCGCCGCCCCCAACCACGUCCACCACCCUCCCCACCACCACCAGCAGGAGCACUGGGUGCCGCCGAGGAACCCGCCUCCCCCGGGGCCCCCUCCACAGUGGUCCUCGCAGGGACAUCCGCCUCCGCCGCCCCGCGGCUAUGGGCCUCCACCGCCGCAGCACCAGCAUGUGCCGCCUCCGCCACCACGCGGCUACGGACCUCCACCACCAGGACAGCAUAUGCCGCCCCCGCCGCCACGCGGAUACGGGCCUCCACCACCGGGACAGCAUAUGCCGCCGCCUCCGCCUCCGCCGCCACAUGGUCACGGGCCUCCACCACCGGGCCAGCACGUGCCGCCUCCACCGCCGCACGGCCACGGGCCUCCACUACCGGGCCAGCAUAUGCCGCCGCCACACGGCCACGGGCCUCCACCACCAGGACAGCACAUGCCGCCUCCGCCGCCACGCCACCACGGACCUCCGCCACCGGGACAGCAUGUGCCGCCGCCGCCACCACCACACGGCCACGGACCUCCGCCACCGGGACAGCAUGUGCCACCGCCUCCGCCACCACACGGCCACGGACCUCCGCCACCGGGACAGCAUGUGCCGCCUCCACGCGGCCACGGGCCUCCACCCCCGCACCAGCAGGCACCACCUCCACCGCCGCCUCCUGAACCUGUGGCAGGUCCCGGGGAGCUGAUGGGACUGUGCCGGGAGGGGCGGGUGAAGGACGCCGUGGAGCUUCUGGCCAAGGGUGCCCACGCUGACCCGCCCGCGUUCUACGAGCUCGCGGCAGCCUGCUCCAACCCUAAGCUGCUGGAGGAGCUCAGGAAGGUGCACGACUUCUUCCUCCGCUCGCCCUUCCGCAGCGACCUCCGGGUGAACAACAAGCUGCUCGAGAUGUAUGCCAAGUGUGCAGCCAUGCCCCAUGCCCGCAGGACGUUCGACAAUAUGCCUGACCGUGACAUGGACUCGUGGCACAUCAUGAUCGACGGCUACUCGGUCAAUGGGCUUGGGGACGAGGCCCUGCGGCUGUUCGAGCUGAUGAAGGAGUGUAUGGCACCCACAAGUCAGACCUACCUGCUUGUGCUCAAUGCUUGUGCCAACUCGGAGGCCAUCGAGGAGGCACUCCUUUACUUUGAUGCCAUGUCCAGGGACCAUGGCAUUGAGCCUGGUGUGGAGCACUAUGUUGGGAUCAUUGAGGUCUUGGGGAAGUCAGGGCAUCUCAAUGAGGCUCUGGAGUUCAUUGAGAAGCUGCCUUUCGAGCCCAAUGCCAUGGUGUGGGAGUCACUCUUGAACCUGGCCCAGAUGAAUGGAGACAUUGAUCUUGAGGACCGAGCAGAGGAGUUGUUGGUGUCGCUUGAUCCAUCCAAGGCAAACCCCAAGAAGCUCCCAACCCCACCUCCAAAGAGGCGCCUGGGAAUUAACAUGCUUGAUGGGAGGAACAAGCUAGUAGAGUACAGGCUGCCACCAAAGAUUGAAAAGAAGGUGGUCAAUGAACAGAGGUACGUCCCAGACACAAGAUAUGUGCUCCAUGACAUUGAUCAGGAGGCCAAGGAACAGGCAUUGCUGUACCACAGUGAGAGGCUGGCAAUCGCUUAUGGUCUGAUUAGCACCCCAGCAAGGACUCCACUUCGCAUCAUUAAAAACCUGAGGAUAUGUGGGGACUGCCACAAUGCCAUCAAGAUCAUGUCAAGGAUCGUUGGGAGAGAGCUCAUUGUGAGGGACAAUAAGAGGUUCCACCAUUUCAAGGAUGGAAAAUGCUCCUGUGGAGAUUAUUGGUGAUAAUGGAUUAAAGUCGUUCAUCUCAUCAGUAUUGCUGCCAUCCUUUAUAUGGAUAUAUAUGCUGGCAGCUGUGGUUUCAAUUGAUAAUAAGCAAUAUGAAGGUAUCCAAUGGUGGUGUUAGUGGUUCUCAUCCUUAAAUAUGCUUAAGAUCCUUAGCUGAAAGCACUUGUAUCAUGCAAGAUUAUAACUUCUUGAUGCACUAAUCAAUUCUACUCUCCUCUGUAUCAGUAUCAUGUUUCUCAUGGGAAACAUGUGCUAGUUUGGAAUAUAUAACUAUAUGGUUGUAAGAGCUGAUUCUUCCUUGCUUUAAUUUGGAUGAAUGAACUAAAAUGAAUCUUAUAUAUUCGUGAACA